CGGAUUCUUUAGAGCUCUAACAGAAUUCUAGCCGGCAGCCUGGAUUUAGUCACAAGUAAAUUAGAUUAAUUAUUAGAUAUAUUGCCAUUUUUAUUAUAUUUGCCAUUCCUUCUAGAGUUCGUUUCUCUGAAUUUUAUUUUCAUUUUGUAAGGUUGCAGACAGUGCAGUGUGGUUAUUGGUGGUGAGAUCUUGUCAGGAUGGACACUGAAGAAAGAAAAGUGGCUGCAACGCAGAAGAGGAACAGGUCGUUCCUGGCAGUAUUGUUGGUAGUACUGGUAAUACUCGCAAUAAUCAUCGUGGUAGUCGUGGUUGUAGAAACCAGGAAGAAAGGCGACAGUAUGGCGGUUGCAUCUGAUAACGAUGUCUGUACUAACAUUGGCGCUGAUAUUCUGAGAAGCAAAGGAAGUGGGGUGGACGCUACAAUCGCUGUCUUGCUCUGUUUAGGAGCUGUUCAGCCACAAUCUAAUGGGAUCGGAGGAGGAGGUUUUAUGUUGGUUCAUACCAAGGACGAUGAUAAGGUCAUCAAUUUCCGUGAGAGAGCCCCGGCUGCCUCAAGUAAAAGUAUGUUUAACUCGGAUGAAAACAUGGCUAAAGACGGGGGGUUAGCAAGCGCUAUUCCCGGAGAAAUCCUCGGUUAUUGGAAAGCACAUCAAAAAUAUGGCAAAUUAAAAUGGGAAGACUUGUUCAAGCCUUCUAUCGAGAUACUAAAUACAGGUAUUGUGGUGACCGAACAUAUGGAGAGGGCCUUAGAAAACCUUAAAGAUAAGUUGAUUGAUGACGUUAACUUUAAAUCAACGUUUUUUAAAAGUAUCGAUUCCGAUGGUUUUAAACCUCUAAAAGCAGGAGAAAAAUUUACGAAUCCGAUGCUGGCUUUAGCAUAUCAGAAAAUAUCUGAAGAAGGACCUGAUGGAUUCUACAAAGGCGAGAUUGCAGCCAAUAUCGUCAAAGCCACCGAAGCGACAGGCGGAAUCCUUACCUUAAAAGACUUGGAAGGCUACACUGUAACGAUCGAUGAGCCGUUUAAGUUUGAAUAUAGAGGACAGAAGAUCAUUUCAGCUCCUCCUCCAGCCUCCGGUCACGUGAUAGCACUAGCGCUACAAAUCCUUGACAAUUUCGAUAUUCCAUCGUUUAGUAAGGUGAAAGCUUGGAACUAUAUAUUAGAGGCAAUGAGGUUCGGUUACGGCAUGAGGAGCAGAACAGGAGACCCAAUCUACUCUACCAAAACAAAAGAAGUUGUAAAGUUGGUCCAAGGGAAAAACUACAUGGAGAAGAUAGUAAAAGAUCACUUCUGGGGAGACAAGUUGAUCCCAUUUAAAUAUAGAAAAAUGUACAGUGACCCUAUCUACACCAACUAUGACGGAACCCACACCACACAUGUAUCUGUACUGGGCCCUGAUGGAGAAGCCGUUUCUUGUACGUCCACUGUAAACUUGUGGUUUGGAUCACGUGUCAUGACUGAUAACGGAAUCGUUAUGAACAACGAAAUGGACGACUUCUCCAUACCAGAGAAGCUUAAUGCAUUUGACUACCGGCCCUCGCCUGAAAACUUCAUACUUCCUGGUAAGAGACCUAUGUCUUCCUCCUCCCCCUCAAUUGUGUUCGACAGUGACGGGAAGGCAACAUUUGUGACGGGGGCAGCCGGUGGCUCUAGAAUCAUCUCAUCAACCUUACUGUCGCUGAUAAAUGCCAUGGACUGGAAAAUGACCCUAACGGACAACUUGAAGGCAGUUAGAAUCCAUGAUCAGCUGAGUAACAACAAGACUUAUCACGAAGAUUUGGAUUUUAUAACGCCACUUGACCCUGAAAUAGAAACUGGUUUAAGCACUUUAGGAUACAAUAUGACAGCUAUAGAGGGUGUGAGAAGUGCUGUAACCAGCGUCUCCAAGCUUUUAGGCAUAACAGAAGCCACAGGUGACCCGAGAAAGAAAGGAACUGGAAUUGUCAUCAAUUAAUUUACAAGUUAUGUAUUUAAGUUUUCAUAAUUAUCUACAGAUUUUUACCAUCUUUAACUCUAAGUUUUGGGGCGUAGCUUCUCUGUGGUGGCUCCAAAGAUCUACAAUCGUCGGCCUGAUACCAUUUCAUCGGCUCAAUCACUGGAAUCAUUUAAAGCCCUUCUAAAAACGUUUCUGUUUAAACUGCCCCUUCAUAAACUUGAAAAACUUUAUUGAUAAUUUUAUUUUAGUCAAUAUUGGUGUUCGAUUUUUACAUUUAAGUAUCAUUUUCUGUCAUUAGACUUAGCAGCAAUAGCAGCAAAUCUGGGGAAACUUUGAAAUACACCAAUUUGAAGCAUUUAACCCCCCCUUAAAAAUCACAGAUUAUGAAUUUUAGUAAUCUGAAUAUUUACAUAGGUCCAAAAAUGUCAUAGCUUCAUGAUAGUGCAACGAAAAAAAUCUCAGAACAUUUUGGUGCGGAGUUAGGUGGUUAAGUAGUCGAAAAAUGACUGAUUUGUUAGUGGACAUUUUUUCAUACCUCUAACAC